AUGAACACGCACUACCUGACCACUUCCCGAACCAACCCGCAGUUCUACAUAUUCAGGCAGCUUUUUGGCGAGGAUCUCAAUUGGAGCAGCUGCGAUUGGGAAAGCAUUCAAAGCUUAUCUUGGGAGGAAUUCUGGCAGCGUGAGGGGCACGAGCUUCUUGAGCAAAAGUGGUACAAGCGGUUUCCCGAAUACAAGGACCUUAUCGAAGCGGUCACUUCGGAGGAGCAGGACCUCUGGCAGGAACUGUGGGAGAAGCACGCCAGCGAUUCGAGUGCCAAAUUCUGGCACAUUUUCAGCUGUGCCUUUGAAAACUACCAAAACGAAUUGGCCAAAUCAUUUGAAACUAACUUGAAUGGAACUUCUGAUGUUAUUGAACAGGAUUUACAGAAUUUAAGCCUUACUAAAAGGCCAACAAAGUCAAAACAGCGGAAACCCUCUGAAAGCGUGGAAGACGAAUCCUAUCUGACGGCCAACGACGAUCCGGAAGAUUUUGACGAGGAACAGCAGUUACUGCUUUUGGGACUUCCCACGAGCUUUGCCUCAAAAACAUCUUACAAAUCACGAAAACAAAGAAAGGCACUAAUCGAAUCCUCUAGCAGCGAUAGUGAAGAUAGUGAAGAUAUCCUAAUCAUGGAAAACAAUGAAAACCAAGCGCUACAUCGCGUACAAAGCGGUUUUAUUCGAAAAAACAAGCGCAAACAAAGGCAAGCCAACAAACUCAGGGCCAACAUGCCUGAGUUUAUGCUAGAGGAGAACGGCCAAAUGGUGAAAUACUGGUUUAAACGUUUCUCCUUGUUUUCUCGCUUUGACCAGGGUAUCCGGCUGGACCGCGAAAGCUGGUUCUCUGUAACGCCCGAGAAGAUUGCCAAGCAGACAUCCCGAAGACUGGCCUGUGAUCUGAUCGUUGAUGGCUUUUGUGGAUGCGGUGGCAAUGCCAUCCAGUUCGCCAACACCUGUGGACGCGUCAUUGCAGUGGACAUCGAUGCGGAGAAGCUGGCCAUGGCCAAGCAUAAUGCUAGUAUUUACGGCGUGGCCCACAAGAUCGAGUUUAUUCAUGCCGAUUUUAUGCAGUUUGCGGCCAGCACUCGGAUUCGCCCGAAUGUUGUAUUCCUAAGUCCUCCAUGGGGCGGUCCCGACUACCAGAAACAUGCCAGCUUCGACAUAGAGAAAAGUCUGCUGCCCGUGGGCGCCAGUCAACUGAUGAAGCUUUCCCGUCGCCUAACGAAUGACAUCUCCUUCUUUCUGCCGCGGAACGCGAACAUGAGUCAGGUGGUCGCCUUAAGUGGCCCGGGACAGCAGUGUGAGGUGGAGCACAACUAUCUGGACACUCGAAUGGUGGCACUGACUGCCUAUUACGGUUGUGGAAUCAUAAAGGCCCAUUAAUGUGAAGUUUAAUAAAUUAAGCUACAAAUUAGGUUUUUAUUUAAUUUGAUUAGUCAUCUUUAGAGAUAAAUUUAGUAAGGCAACUCAGUUAAGUUCAAAAAAGAAAAACAUAUGAAUACUAGCAAAUGUUUUGAUAAUGGUCCAUUUUAUAUAUUCUAAAAAAUGGAAUAUAUUUUUUAAUUCUGAAUUCGAUAUUUAAUAUGACAAUUUUAAACAUUAAGAUAAAUAUAAAUACGGCAUUUUAUUAACUGCAAGUUGUUUGUUUUGAAGAUCAGAACCCUUUUAGAUGUAUAAUCUUUAAGUAAAAUAUAGCAUUCACUUUUAAACCAAGGGAAACGAAAUAUUUAAAUAUUUUUAGUUAAGUUGUACAAGUAAAAAAUAUUCACAAAUCCAAAAAAAUAGUUUUGUUAGAAUCAAAGAAGACUUUCAGAGCUUAUGUAUUUAAAAGUUAAAACUCAACAACCAUGGCAAAAUAAAACUUUAUUCUACGAAGCAUUCUAACUGAUAUUUAUAAUUUGAGAAAAUGUUAUUUAAAGAAUUCUUUUUGUUAAAGCCAUAGAAUGCAAGUAAUAAGAAUGUCAAAAUCCUUGUAAUUAUGCAUCAAAGAAACAUGCUGCCGUUUAUA